AUGGCUUUAAAGAGGAAGACGGAGAAGCUGCGAGGGAUUAGAUCAGCCGUGAGCGACUCGUACAGAGCUAACCCGGACAGAGCUAACCCGGACAGAGCUAACCCGGACAGAGCUAACCCGGACAGAGCUAACCCGGACAGAGCUAACCCGGACAGAGCUAACCCGGACAGAGCUAACCCGGACAGAGCUAACCCGGACAGAGCUAACCCGGACAGAGCUAACCCGGACAGAGCUAACCCGGACAGAGCUAACCCGGACAGAGCUAACCCGGACAGAUGUGCGGCGCACACGCAGCCACGAUGGGAAACUGAUGUUACAGUCGAUUUCACAAGAGCUUAA